GUAGGCCUACUCUGGUUGUUUAGAUAGAGUGACUAAAUACUCCGCGCAUGAAAGCAGUCUGCCAACGAGACUAGUCUAAACACACACAACGUGUUGCUAUCAACUAUCUCCGACUGGAGCGGAGGAUUAUUACGACUCAAGAAGUACUAAUUGUAUUUCCCUCACGAUGAAAUUAACUGUCUCGAUGGCGAUCCUGGUGAUUAUUUUGUUGGUCUCGGCCCUGACAGAUGCAGCCAGAGAGGAGGUUCUCACGUCAAACAAGUCCUUCUUUAAGUUGGACCACAACGGUGAAGCAACGGGAGCAGCCGCUGGCCGGCAGCGGUUUAAGAGGCAGGCUACCUCGGCGGACCUCUCGGCUGAUGAGAUAGCUGCUUACUUGGACAAGCACAAUCAACUCCGCGGACAGACUGUGCCCCCAGCCGCCGACAUGAAAUAUAUGAUCUGGGAUAGUGACUUGGCCACCAUGGCCCAGCAAUGGUCUGACAUGUGCAUCUGGGACCAUGGCCAACCCACCAACAUUAGUCCGUUCAGCAGCAUUGGUCAGAACCUUUACAUAACCUCUGGCGGCACCCCAACCAGACGAAUCAAUGGGACUGGGCCCGUACAAGCUUGGUAUGACGAAGAUCAGUACUACACGUACGAGUCAAACUCGUGCCAAACGAACAAGGUUUGCGGACACUACACACAGGUUGUCUGGGCAACGAGUUACGCAGUUGGUUGUGCGCAGGCGUACUGCGCUACUGCCACCGGGAUCGCAUGGGAAGACACCAUCAUUGUGACCUGCAACUACGGACCUGCCGGAAAUUACAACCGACAGCCCUAUAUAUCAGGCACGCCGUGCACACAAUGUGACUCUGGUAUCGGACAGUGCUACGGAAACCAAUGCAGGCUGUGCUCAACCCAUAACGAGGAGUGUGUUUGUGCACAGGUUUGUGAGAACUGCGGGACUUUGGACAACGCCGCGUGUUCCUGCGCAUGCCCGAAUGGCUUUUACGGCAGCGAUUGUGGAACGGUUUGUGAGGACACGCAUCAGUACUGUGGCGCCAACCCGGGCUGGCCGACGUCCUGGUGUGACGAUGACCACAGCUAUGUGCUGACUAACUGCCCUGCACUUUGCGAUCUGUGCGUUAGUAUUCAAGAUCCGGGCUACUCAUGCGAUCCCUCUACAGCUACGACUGCCGCAGCAACCGAUGCACCCACAGUUGCAUCAACAAACGCACCAGCAACCAAUGCAGCCACAGUUGCAUUAACAAACGCACCAGCAACCAAUGCUGUGACAAAUGCAGCAACCAACCCGCGUACAACCGCUGCAGUCGGUACAACAGCAUGCCCGGACGUGUCGUGUUCCAACGGGGGGACAUUGGAUUCUUCUACAUGUGAAUGCAUGUGUACAUCGGAGUACCAGGGAGACACCUGUCAACACGAACGUGAACAGGCCCGCUUUGGUGUGCUAGUUAUACUGUUGGCCGAUAUUGCGUUUUGGGACUAUAUCGAACCUUACGUCGUCGAUUUUGUGGCUUACAUCUUGACGUCCUUCUGCAACGAUAGAUUCCAGCUGUGUUGCCCAGACAGUGGUACCAAAAAUACCACUUCGAGGCUGGCUUUCGUGAACGAAUCUCACAUUGUGACAGCCACCGGCUACCCGGAGCUGUACCCGGACAUCAGCGGCGCUUUCGUGGUAAUGUUUCUGGUCACCCCACCGGCCACCACGGAGCUCUGCCAUCAGGGUGGCACAGUCGUUCCUUCGUCUCGUAGACGUCGGGAGGUUUGGACCCAGGAUGACUGGGCAUGGCCGCUGAGAAUCCGUAAAAGGGCUGUUGGAGACGGUCCUUACCUAGAUCAGGACGUUCUUCUGGAAGCUCUUGAGGAGAACGUGGACAACCUAACCAUGGCACUUUCCGGUCUGAACGUCAGCGUGUCCUUGGUCGGUGUCGAGGCUGGGCAGGAGGAACCGAUCGUCACCCAAGCACCGUCUACCUCAGCGGCCCCGGUACCUCGUGGCAUGCCCGUCGGUGUUGUUGUCGCCAUCGUUGUGGUCGCCAUGCUUGCCGUGGUCAUUGUCGUUGUAGUCAUUGUUAUAUGCAUCAAGAGUUCUAAGCUAGGGAAGGUUGAUCCCAACGACAACGAGAAACCAGAUGUUCCAGGAGGCUAUGAAAACCAUGUAAUGACAGAAACGGCUCCGAACGCCUAGCUGCCGUGUGUGCAAACUCUAAUGACAUCCACGAAUACGAAAUUCCUGAUUUCAUGAAAAUCUCCCCUACGCGUGCACAUUUUAGCUAUGAUCUUCAUGCUGUAGUUUUCGUCGCUCAAAUAAUGCCUACGCGGCAAUGUUAUAAGAUUAUAAUACUGCACCAAUCCAACUUGAAAAUUCCUAUGUCCUAUAUACCGGUAUGUUCUCUGCUUGUAGAAGGUAUUGCUGCUCAUCAAAACAGAGGGUGAAAACUGAGGAUUGCAACGUAUAUGCAAGUCUCCGACAUUUGGAAGGAUUGCCACGUUUUUCAAUUAUGUGGAGGCUUCAAGAUUAAACUUUGUUAGAGACCACGUGCAUGAUCCAGGCUGCACAUUUUUCAGCGACCUUCCACUAACUACAUUGACGAAGUGACCAAGGCUCGAAAUCAGGCCUUAAUUGGCAAUUUCGAGCGUAUUCUAUUCGGAUGGAAUAUCUACGAGUAAAGGUUUUAUUAGACAAAAACCAGCGCAAAACUUGGUUCAGACUGUCGUGCCAGAAUAGCGCCGAACUAAAUUGGUCUCAGGCGCCUAUAUAGCAGCUUCAAUCGACCCAUAAAGAAGAUUCUUAGAGGGCGUACUUUACCAAAGCACAUCCAGCUCGCCUCUUGGUGGGCCAUUUCUCGCAAAACGUUUUCUAAUUUUGACAUGAAGUAAUCUCGAAAACCAACAAGACUGAUGGAAAAAUACAUAUUUUGUGGACACGUACGUUUUUCUAACCAUAUGCAUGGACUCGGAAAACGCCGGCAAGCGGAACUAAAUGCUUCAUUAAUAUUACAUAUUUUAUAUGGCUACAAUAUGAGCCUACCAGCUCUUUAUAUCAAUCACGUCAGCUUCUGCCGCUGCAACAGAAUUUCAAAUCAUGUAAUUACAUUAUCCUCAUCAUAUACAGGACCUGUUAUUACUCUUGCCUUAGCAAGAUUGCCAUUGGAUUGUGGAGUUCUGGAAGUCCAACCUUCUAAUUAAAAAAAAUAAUAAUUUUGACUGCAGUAAAAUGUUGACAGAAAUAUUAGUGAAAUUGAGAACAACAAUUGCCAUAGUCAAAAUUUGACUUACAAGUGUGACUGGCCACAAUCUUCCUGGGCGUCACCACGCGGCGCUAUUUCUCACCCCUUUACGCUAUUAUCUACGGGCACGUAUUUAGUCUUGUGCUACCUUAAAAACACAAUCUGACUGUGGCGCUGAACAACACUUGUCACACUGCCAAAUAACUCUUACCACUCUCAAAAAGAUUGACGACGUGAUAUGAGAUCAUUUAAGGACUAUCACAUCUCAACAUACCUUUUCACAGCUGACAGCUAAAAUCCCCAAAUAAAGACCUCAUUGGAGGAAAAAAUCCCGAACCACAAUAGCGUUUAUUUAGCAACAACAGUACAUUAUGAUUUUUUUUUUGACAGAUCGGACUCAUUACAGUUUUAAAUAUAGGCCUAUCAACUUACUCCUUCCGUCCGUAAACUAAUCAUUGUAAGACUUCGUUCGGCUUGCAACUUCUACUUCGGUCUUGUCUCCCAAGGUCACGUCUGAAUCAGCAGCUGUAGUCAUAUUUGUUAGUCAGUGCUUAAGUUUUUCGUCGUUUUACCCCCGACUUAAAGCCACAUUUGAGACUUAUGUUGAAUUAUUCAUAUCAGUUCACGACACCACUCGGCCUAGAAUUGAAAACAAAAAUAGUGUCCCAAUCUCGAAGGCCGAAAACUUCCGCGUCAAAUACCACGUGUAGGUGGUUGUAACAUGCCUUCAAGACACGCUAAUAGAAUAUUGUUAUUACAUUUUCCCACAAUCAGAUUUUUGUUGAACAAUUAUCCUGUGAAUUCCCAAUUUUGGGGAGAAAUGGGCCAGAUUCGCGGUAUAAAGCGAGUGGAGACAUCAUACAUCGUGACUAUGCGAGAACGUGCGACACGGCAAAAAAUUAAAAUGGCUAAAUUUUUUCAGUUAUCUGCACUCAUCGCGAGUUCAUGCCUACUGCCCCAGACUAUCAAAGAACAUUUGUGAGUACUAAUAACUCAAAGCGUCUUCAAAAUAUUGAACGUGAUGUUGGCUGAUGUUUCAACAUCGUUCGCAAACGUGAAGCAUGUUGACAGCUCAGGUUAUUUGUGUGUAACUUCCACCAAUCAUCUCCCAAGUGAUGUGAAUUAGGCAUAUUGCCGCCCCUGGUCAGAUAACAUCCCAAACCUUCCUGUGUGGCUUGAGUCGCGGAUUGCAGAAAAACUAUGGAAAGUCUUGGAACCAAGAAUAGGUUGUGGCUUGAAAUCACACACAGUGCAACUUAACUUGUACUUGGGCAGAAAGACUUGUGACUUACUUGUGUUUGGACAAAACUGGCUUGUGACUUGAUUUGACUUGACCUGUUAUCAAAUGACUUGUGGCUUGACUUAGACUUGCAAAAAUUGACUUGU